AUGACUAAAUUACUUUCGUUGGCCACGUUGGCCCUGGCGGCAAACACUGUCGCUGUCAACGGGUUUUCCUUCCAACACCCGUUCGCUUUGGACAAGAUUCAAAGGGAACUGGAGGCUGCUGCCUCGUCCGCUCGUUCUACUCUCGAGGGAGCUGGCUCGACAGUCAAAAACGCGUACACCAGCGGUGUAUACGAUAAUUUUGUCUUCCCACAAAGUCUACAGGACAUAGACUUCAGACCCAAGGGUCCCAGGGGCAACAUUGUCCGCAAAAAUGACUGGGAUUUCCACGUUGAGGACAAUUCUGUCGAGGACUUCAAGUUGAGAGUCAAGAAAAUCGUCGACCCAAAGAUUUUGGGCGUGGACCCAGGUGUGAAACAGUUCACCGGUUACCUCGACGUAGAGGACGAGGACAAGCAUUUCUUCUUUUGGUUCUUCGAAAGUAGAAACGACCCUGAAAACGACCCAGUGGUUUUGUGGUUGAACGGUGGGCCAGGGUGCUCCUCCAUGACCGGGCUGUUCUUCGAACUGGGGCCCUCUUCCAUCGGCGACCAGAUUAAACCCAUCUACAACGACUACGCUUGGAACUCCAACGCUUCCGUGAUAUUUUUGGACCAGCCUGUGAACGUUGGGUUUUCGUACUCUGGGUCUGCCAGUGUCUCAAACACAGUGGCCGCAGGUAAAGACGUUUACGCCUUCUUGCAACUGUUUUUCAAGCAGUUCCCCAAGUUGGCACCAAACGAUUUCCACAUUGCAGGUGAAUCCUACGCGGGUCACUACAUCCCAGCAUUUGCCACAGAGAUUUUGUCUCAUCCACAGGAGGAGAGAAACUUUAACUUGACUUCAGUUUUGAUCGGGAACGGGUUGACUGACCCAUUGACCCAGUACAAGUACUACAAGCCAAUGGCCUGUGGUGAGGGGUCAGGUUCACCAGCCGUGUUGUCGCCAGAGGAAUGCCAAUCUAUGGAGGACUCCUUAGACCGUUGCUUGAGUCUCAUCAAAUCGUGCUACAACUCGCAAUCUGUCUGGAGCUGUGUUCCAGCCUCCAUCUACUGUAACAACGCGCAAUUGGGUCCCUACCAACGUACUGGUAAGAACGUCUACGACGUAAGGAAGGAUUGUGAAGGUCCACUGUGCUACCCUGAGAUGCAACCCAUCGAGAAAUAUUUGAACUUGGAUUACGUUAAAGAAGCCAUUGGUGCCGAGGUAGACCACUUCGAGUCCUGUAACUUUGACAUCAACCGUAACUUUUUGUUUGCUGGUGAUUGGAUGCAACCUUAUCAAACAGCCGUGACCGAUUUAUUGAACCAAGACCUACCAAUCUUGAUCUACGCUGGUGAUAAGGACUUCAUUUGUAAUUGGUUGGGGAACAGAGCCUGGACGGACGUUCUGCCAUGGAAGCAUGACAAAGAGUUUGCCAAGCAACCAAUUCGUAAGUGGAAGGCAAAACUAACCGGUGAGCAUGCAGGUGAGGUGAAGAGCUUCGACAAGUUGACUUACUUGAGAGUGUUCGAUGGUGGGCACAUGGUCCCAUUCGACGUCCCAGAGAACGCCUUGAGUAUGUUGAACGAAUGGAUUCACGGUAAAUUUAUUCUAUGA